CGAAUUACGGAAAUGAGACUUCAAGGAAUCUGUUGUACAUGACAACCGAACAUCGUUAUCCCCAAAAACUCUCAUAGUGCCGACUUUUUGUGUGAAUCAUGUCUUCGGCGAUUGAUUACCAUAAAUUUCGAAGAGGGGAGACCUGUAGCGAAGAAGGAUGUCGCGCUCGAAAAUUCUACAUUGAGGAUGGCAAAAAGUUCUGUCAGCGGGGCCAUGAACAAGCCGUUCGUAAACUUUCCCUAAUUAAAUAUGAGCAUGAAAUAACACAAUCUAGGGUUUUACACAAACCCAGCAAGAUGAAGACGAUUGGAAUCAGCAAGGAAAAAAGUCAAGAAGAAAGCGAGAAGAAAAAGAACAGGUGGAAAAGGUUUUUGGGGGUCGUGACGCCACCCAACUCUAUUUACAAUGUUACCAAUUAAUUCUUUGGAAACAAAUCCACUGGCUAGUGACUAUGAAGGGGUUUCCAGCAGAGCUAGAGACUGUCGUAAGAGACUUGUGGGAAUUGAGGUUGAGAGUUUUGCAAGGUUCUGGAGACGUGAGAAGUGAGUAUGGGACGGAGUUUGGGUCGACGACAGAGGGAGACGACACGGAUACAGAUGGGACAGGGUACAGGAGCACGACUUCAACCAUUAUGAGUAGGAAGAGGGCAUCGAGAGUGAAAAAAAAUCUCCCCAAGCUAAUUGAGACGUUGGGGUUUUGUUACCUUGGAAUAUUACUUUUGAGAUUGCCUACGAGCUUAGGAGAGAUAUACAAAUGGGCGACUAGAGAUGAGAUUAUUUACACACGAGCGGUAAGUGAAUUCAUGUGUCAUAACAUGUGUUUUGACUGAACCAUUUAUCUAUAGGUUAAAGAGAUCCCCAAAGAUAUGAGAACUCGACUACCAGCCCAUUAUUUCAGAGCUCUUGAAAUCCAUGGCAUCUUAAGUGGUCAUAGACUUCAUCAAACAGUAUUUGAUAUGAUUUCUUUCUAUAAUUUUAAUUUUGAGAUGGUAUUUCCACCAAUUAACAACAAACUACUUUUAUACAAGCAUAUUAGGGAUUUGGGUCUUCCAGGUAUGUACUCUUUCUCAGCUUCGUAGUUCUGUUCAGAUCUAACCUUACUCAGUUGACAUUUACACGGCUGUGAAUCAUCUCACCGAGAUUCUUAAAUAUGACUUUUCAUACCCAAUCCAUAACAAGCGUGUAUAUGGAACAACCGGAUUCCCGGAGUAUCAACUCAUCAGUCUGGUAGUCAUCGCUACAAAACUUAGCCAGCCAUUCGACGACAUUGUCCGUCAUCCAGAUAGCGAUUUAGAUCCCACAUCCGCAAGAAUCAAUUGGAAGAAAUGGCAAAACAUCAUGGAUGAAAGCCCUAGCGAAGGUUUGAAACGUGGAGAUGAAAUUAAAAUCACAGAUGCGGAUGUUUUCAAAAUGACGGGAGCACAAAUGGACGAUUGGAUGAGUUGGUAUCACAAAACUUGGGUUGAUGACAGAGACCACAAAGGUGAGCAAACCAUACACUGCUGUAUGAACUUUUUGCUAAGACUGUGAACAGUUCCUCAACAGAUUUUGGAGCUGUUUCCUUUGCCGGAUAUCCCAGUUGAGACGACAGUGGGAGUAGUUGAUCCAGAUCCAAUUAACCGAGCCAAAGAGGUUCAUAAAACAUUAACUCUUCAGAAACCAGCCGCUCGUAUGGAUGAUGAGGAACUCGGAGGCAUUUUCCGCCCAGGUGAAAUGUAUAAAAGGUAUCGGACGAUUGAGGAGUUACCUGAAAGCGCUAAAGCUUUUUAUGAGAUUGCUGGUAAGUUGUCUUCUUCGAAUGUCUCUGUGCUUUGAUUAACCAUAGGAUAGCCAGAAAUGUCGGAACAUCUCUUGAAAGGUUGGUACAUGGCGUGUUUACCACAGAAAUUCAAUUGGAAAAAUGGAUGCUAGAUGAACGGAGAAAAGAUUUAUUAGAGCAGGAAGAGGUUGGGAAUGGGCGAAAACAUGACGCAAAUGAGGACGAUAACCAAGAAGAGGGCAGGGAACAAGAAGAGGUAAAUGAUGAAAUAGAUGAAGGUUCCCCUAUGAAGGAGUAAAUUAAGGAAUUCUUCAAUUAUCUGCAGUUCUUGAAGUAUUGGUUCUUGUCCGGAUAUUUGGAAAAGGGUACAAUCUUGUUCUGAAAAGAUACAUCCGGCGUUGAAAAUGUAUCAGAGAUACCCAUAAAAAUAAUCAAUCCCAAAACUUCUCAAAUCCACUAUCCGUCUGCUGUAUUCCUUAUUAAUUUUCUAUCCAUCCGUGAUAUCCUCUG